GUCGGAACCUGAGGCCUGAUCGGACUACUGGAAAUCACUCCCCCCCUCCCCCUAGCUAUCUUUCUUUCAUCCAUCCGCCUGAAGUCUACACUUCCCCCUCCACCUCUACAUCCACCAAAUCUCUCAUCCUGUCGCCCUCGACCCUUUCCACUCCCGUCCGCCUAACUCUGUUUGUACCCCGACACCGCGCCCCGUCUUUUGUCAACAGACCAUCUACCAACCAUCCGACCCGCCACAACUUUACCAAACCCCCGGUCAACCUCUAUGACUCCCGCAAUUCGUCUUUCCUAGAAGAGCUACAGCUAUGGAGGUCGCCAACGCGGAGGCCUCGAAUGGCGUCUCCGCGCCAGCGCAGACGCCGUUGGUAGAUUCCCAUGCGGUGAUCGAAUACCUGACUGAGGUGCUGCGGGUGACUUUGGGAGCUCUGAGAAGCGAGCUCGAAAGCACCGGCAGCUUGCUCUCGGAGGCAAAGUACAAUGAGACCAUGCAGCGGUGUACGCGAUUCGCGUCCGAGUCGCAAGUCGCUCUCUACGUACAGAAGGAUAUUGUGGCCUCCGAAGAGGCAAACGGAGCCGAUGCGGUUGAAGGAUCGUCGACCCAGUAUGUCUAUAACCUCUCCGCCGAGAUUUCGUCCUCCUCGACUACCGUUGCGUCGGUAGCUUUCAUCAAGCGCCCGGCUACUAUCGACCCGUCGCUCCCUAUAUCGUCGCAAAUCACAGUUACGAACUUCCCCGGUCCGGCUUCCCUCAGUACCGGUCAAUCCCAGCAGGGGAGUUCCUUGUCACCCUACGAGAUCUUGCACUUGCUGGUACACCAUGGUCUCAACCCCUACUUUGAGGCCACCACUCGCAACCAGGAAGCGGUGGGCGGCUCGAAGCCCAGGACGGACACGGAGGCGAAGACCGGCAUCUCGGGCACGAAGAAGAAGUUUGCUGAGCUGGAAACUACCCUUCGACACCUGCAGCAAAACGUCGAAAUCCCGGCGUUGAACCUGCCGCUUCACGAGGUCGUCCAGGCUGCGCUGGUCGAUGCGGAGAAGCGAGGAAUCAAACCCACCGUCGAACUGAUCGACCCUGCUAUCCUGGAGAACAGUGCUUUUGUCAACAGCAUCCAGAACAAUGUGAAUUCCUGGAUUAGGUCUAUCCAGACGAUCACCAAGAUGUCCCGUGAUGCGGACUGUGAGUCGGCGGCCCAGGAGAUCAACUUCUGGUUGUCGAUGGAAACCGCCCUUGAGGGGAUCGAGAACCAGCUGCGCGGUGACGGAGUGCAACUGACUAUGGACAUUCUCCGCCACGCGAAGCGUUAUCAAGCUACCCUCAGUUUCGUGGCCGACACCGGUUUGCGGGAAGCCACUGAUCUCGUCCAGAAGUACAACCAGCUCAUGCGGGAUUUCCCCCUGGAUGAACUCCUAUCGGCGACUACCUUGCAGAAGGUGCAAGAAUCUCUCAACCUGAUUUUCAAUCAUCUCAACAAGAAGUUGAAGAUCUGUCCCUACCCGAUCAAGCGGGCCCUUUCUCUUGUCGAAGCUAUUUCGGGCGACCUCGACUCCCGGAUCCACUAUCUACUGCACGGCCGGACGGUGUUGCAUUUAGAUUACCGUGAGUUCCGCUCUCUUAUGAAGACCGCUGGCGCUAUCUGGAGGACCUGGGACGAAAACCUCAAGGAGUUCACCAACGUCGCUCGAGAGUCCACGAGACGUCGUAACGAGAAGUUCAUCCCCAUCAAGAUCGCUCCGCGCCACGAAAAGACCCAAGAACGAUUGAAAUACAUCAACACUUUCCGAGUCAACCACGAACAGCUUCAGAGAACGAUUGUGAACGUCCUCGGCCCGAAGAGCUCGUCUGCGGGAGAUGCGGCUGCCGGCGUUGGUUCUGACGGAGCCGUCAUUGUGGAGGAGAUCGGAGAUGUCGACGCGGUGGAAGAGGUCGCGCAAGCUUACGCUGCUUUGAAGAAUGUCGAUGUUCUGGAUGUGUCUCCCCACGGAACCCAGCAGUGGAUUCAAGAGGAGAUCGCCUACAACGAGCGUACUUCCCGCGUUGAGAACUCGAUCAUCGCUCGCCUCCGGGACCGUCUUGCGACAGCAAAGAAUGCCAAUGAAAUGUUCCGGGUCUUCUCGAAGUUUAACGCUCUUCUCGUCCGCCCCAAGAUCCGCGGUGCGAUCGGCGAGUACCAAACUCAACUCAUUGAGAACGUCAAGCAGGAUAUUUCUUCUCUUCAUGAGCGUUUCAAGCAACAGUAUGGGCAUUCUGAAGCGCAUGCCAUGGCGCAACUGCGCGACCUGCCUCCUGUAUCAGGUGCUAUCGUUUGGGCCCGCCAGAUUGAGAAUCAGCUGAACGGGUACAUGAGCAAGGUCGCUAGUGUUCUCGGAGAAGACUGGGCCCUGCAUUCCGAAGGACAGAAGCUUCAGGCGGAAAGCAACCUUUUCCGGAAGAAGUUGGAUACGCGACCCGUCUUCGAGUCAUGGCUUCAUGACGUGCAAAGACGGCAUAUUACGAUCUCGGGCCGACUUUUCAACAUCGUUCGCAACCGCGCAGCGGGAAAUAUUUUCGAGCUUACUGUCAACUUUGAUGCGCAAAUCAUUGCUCUGUUCAAGGAAGUGAGAAACCUCAUCUGGCUCAAUUUCCAGGUUCCUCAUGCCGUGAGCAACAUCUCCAAAGAAGCCAAACGCGUGUACCCGUACGCUAUCAGUUUGAUGGAAAGUGUCCGGACACUUCUCCAAACCAGCCGUUCUAUCGCAGCGAUGACAGAGGUCGCCAUUCUGCUGAACGGUUACGUCAACGAUGCCCAGGGCAUGAUAAUCAAGGGUGUUCCCCUCCGCUGGGAAUCCUUUGUUCACUCUUAUGAGCUUCAUGUCAAGCAGUCGGCCUUGGCCAAUGGUGCUAUUGAUGCGGCCAUCCCUGCCAGGGGAGAGAGCAAGCAUGUUCAGUUCGUCCGCGAAUUUGCUGGUUCGGCAUCGGUACUCCAAUCCAAAACGGCCGUCCUGGCUUCGAUCAACGAGAAUAUCCAGAAAGCGACUCACGAGCUCAAGACUUGUCCCUACGAGGCGGCCGCAUUCAGGCAGCGCUUGGAUGCAAUCCAGGUUGCUGUCGAUAAGUUGAACUUGGAGAACUACGUGAACCUUGGAUACUGGGUCGCCAACUUGAACCAGAAGAUCGAAGCUAUCCUGCGCGAACGUCUACACCGCGCCAUUCGCGAGUGGAUCAACUCGUUCCAGGAAGCAAGGAACAAUGAACAAAGCCUCCAGGUAUCGAGCGGCGUGCAGACAGGUGAAGCGGAAACGCCCGCAUACAACAUCGAGUUUCCCGGGCUCGUUCACGAGAUCUCUAUGCGCAACCAAUUUCUCCACCUUGACCCACCCUUGCAAUAUGCUCGUGCGAGCUGGUUCUCGCAUUUCGACAACUGGCUUGGUGUCAUCUGCAAUCUUGAGAAAAUCAAGUCCUCUCGUUACCAGAUCUCUAUCGAUGUGCAGAAAGUUCAACUUUCUGAGGCGUGCUUUGCAACUCUGCCCCAGCAUUGCACGAACGAGCUGAGCCAAGUGUACAAUGCCAUCGAGUCCAGACUGAAGGAAGUUUCUGGAUACGUCGACAAAUGGCUGCAGUUCCAGUCGCUCUGGGAUUUGCAAUCCGAGCAGGUCUAUGAUAUCUUGGGCGAUGACUUGUCCCAGUGGCUUCAGUUGCUUCAGGAGAUCCGCAAGAGCCGGGCCACGUUCGACACGUCAGAAGUGCACAGGUCUUUCGGCAAUAUCAAGAUCGAUUACGAGCAGGUCCAGACACGCGUCAAUGCCAAGUAUGAUCAGUGGCAACAUGAAAUCUUAUUGAGAUUUGGAUCUAAGCUCGGUGGUCGGAUGAGGGAAAUUCAUUCCGAGAUUGCUACUGCCCGACGUGAUCUGGAAGGCCAGACCCUGGAAGCGGCAUCUACGGCUCACGCUGUCUCGUUCAUUACCAUCGUUCAACAAUGCAAGCGCAAGGCGAAGGUUUGGGAGCCUGAAGUUGACCUUUUCCGCCAAGGUCAGGCUACACUUGCGCGCCAACGUUAUCAGUUCCCCAGUGACUGGCUUCACGUGGAGAAUGUUGAUGGCGAAUGGGCUGCAUUGAAUGAGCUGCUUGCACGGAAGAGCAAGAUCGUCCAGGACCAGACGGAAGGAUUGCGCGCAAAGAUCGCGGCGGAAGAUAAGGUCAUUGGCGACAAGAUCACAGAGGUGAUCAGCCAGUGGAACGAAGAGAAGCCUGUGUCUGGUACCAUUCCGCCAGAGGAAGCGUCUCGUACUCUGAGCUCGUUCCAGUCGCGCCUCGAGGCUCUCCAGUCUGAGUUUGAGAUGGUUUCAAAGGCCAAAGAAGCUCUUGACCUCCCCACCGGCGUCGAAUCUUCGUUGCCUGCCAUCUUGGAAGAGGUCCAGGACUUCAUGUCCGUCUGGGCCGCUCUGUCGACUAUCUGGAAGAGUCUCAAUGAUCUUAGGGAUACGCUCUGGACAAGUGUUCAGCCGAGAAAGCUGCGUCAAUCUAUUGAUGGCUUGAUCAAGAUGACCAAGGAGAUGCCCAGUCGAAUGCGCCAGUACGCCGCCUUCGAACACAUCCAGAACGUGCUUCGACAGCUUCUGAAAGUUAACCCCUUGCUCUCGGAUAUGAAGUCCGAGGCGGUUCGCGAGAGACAUUGGCAGAAGAUUUACAAGGCGCUGAAGCCAGGCUUGAGGUUCUCUCUUGUCUCCCUGACCCUCGGUGAUGUUUGGGAUCUCCAGCUUACUCCGAGUGAGAGUGUCAUCCGUAGUAUCAUCGCCCAAGCGCAGGGUGAGAUGGCGCUCGAAGAGUUCUUGAAGUCGGUCCGUGAGACCUGGCAGAACUACUCCCUUGACCUUGUCAAUUAUCAAAACAAGUGCCGUCUCAUUCGCGGGUUCGACGACUUGUUUGCCAAAUGCAGUGAGAACCUGAAUUCUCUGCAGGCGAUGAAGCAUUCUCCGUACUACAAGGAGUUCGAGGAAGAGGCGUCUUCCUGGGAGGAUAAGCUGAACCGAGUUCAUGUACUCUUCGAUGUCUGGAUUGACGUCCAGAGACAAUGGGUUUACCUUGAAGGUGUCUUUACCGGCAAUGCGGAUAUCAAGCACCUUCUUCCCCUUGAAUCUAGCCGCUUCCAAAACAUCAACUCGGAGUUUUUCGCUGUCAUGAAGAAGGUCUACAAGUCUCCUUUCGUCUUGGAUGUUCUUGCGAUCAACGGCGUUCAGAAAUCUCUGGAGAGAUUGGCUGAGCUACUGAACAAGAUCCAAAAGGCGUUGGGUGAGUACCUGGAGCGUGAGCGUGUGUCUUUUCCUCGUUUCUAUUUCGUCGGUGAUGAGGAUCUUCUCGAGAUUAUUGGUAACUCCAAUGAUAUUGUCCGCGUGGCGAAGCACUUCAAAAAGAUGUUCGCGGGACUGUCGGGUGUUCUCAUGGAUGAUGACAAUAACAUCGUUGGGUUUACCUCCAAGGAAGGGGAGGAAGUCCGACUCAAGAAGGAGGUCAACCUGGUUAAGACGCCUCGGAUCAACGACUGGCUGGGCGCUCUGGAGAGCAACAUGAAGUUGACGCUUGCCGAGCUUCUCGCUGAAGCCGUGGAGCAGUUCGAUCCCCUCUACAAUGCCCCCGAAGUUGACCAGACUGCUUUCAACGAUUUCCUGGCCAACUAUCCCGCACAGAUCGUCGUUCUUGCCAGUCAAGCGGUCUGGACUGGUGCUGUUCAAAGGAGCUUGGAAAAUGGGGGUAGCAAUCUGUCGUCGCUGUUUGAUUCUCAGGUCCGUAUUCUGGAGCUUCUCGCCGCGACUGUGCUGGGCGAUUUGGAUGCGAUCAGCCGGAAGAAGUGUGAGCAUAUGAUCACGGAAUUCGUGCACCAGCGCGAUGUAAUUUCCAAGCUCAUCGCGACGAAUGCGACUACGUCCAUGCAUUACCUUUGGCUGCUUCAGAUGCGAUACGUUUACCAGCCCGAAGGCGACUUCCUCCAGAGAUUGUACGUCCAUAUGGCCAAUGCCAAGUUGAACUAUGGAUUCGAGUACCUGGGAGUUCCGGAACGUCUCGUUCGCACGCCUUUGACGGACCGUUGUUUCUUGACGCUCACUCAAGCGCUGUGCCAGAGACUGGGUGGUUCUCCUUACGGACCGGCUGGUACCGGUAAGACCGAGUCCGUUAAAGCCCUUGGUCUUCAACUUGGACGUUUCACUCUUGUCUUCUGCUGUGACGACACUUUUGACUUCCAGGCUAUGGGCCGCAUUUUCCUGGGUAUUUGUCAGGUUGGUGCCUGGGGUUGUUUCGACGAGUUCAACCGUCUUGAGGAGAGAAUCUUGUCUGCCGUUUCUCAGCAGAUUCAAAACAUCCAGAUCGGUCUCAAGGACGGCGAAACCGACGAGAAGGCCCAGAUCGAACUGGUUGGGAGACGACUUGCUGUUAACCGCAACACCGGAAUCUUCAUCACCAUGAACCCCGGUUAUGCUGGUCGUUCUAACCUUCCGGACAACUUGAAGAAGCUCUUCAGGAGUGUCGCCAUGUCGAAGCCCGAUAAGGAGCUGAUCACGGAAGUCAUGCUCUUCUCCCAGGGUUUCAAGCAAGCCAAGCGCUUGUCGAAACAGACCGUUCCUUUCUUCGAUCAUUGUUCCUCGCAGUUGUCUAAGCAGGCUCAUUAUGACUUUGGUCUUCGUGCGCUCAAGAGUGUCUUGGUUAGCUCGGGAGGUCUUAAACGUACUAGAAUCGCCAAUUCCGAUGAGGACUUGGGCCCCGAUGAGGUUAUUGAGCCUCAGAUUAUUGUUCAGAGUCUUCGGGAGACGAUUGCCCCUAAGCUGGUCCGAGAGGAUGUUGAUAAGAUGCUGGAGAUUCAAAUGGAGGACUUUGCUGGCGUGGAGUACGUGCCUGCCAACCACGAGAAGCUUACGGCUGCUAUUCGUGAGAUCGCCAAGGAGCAGCACUUUGUCGACAGCGAGAUGUGGAUCACCAAGGCCAUGCAACUUUAUCAAAUCCAGAGUAUCCACCACGGUGUUAUGAUGGUUGGAAAAUCCGGAUCUGGAAAGUCUGCUGCAUGGAAAGUUCUUCUCCAGGCUCUUCAACGCACCGAGAAUGUGGAGAGUGUUUCGCACAUCAUUGACUCCAAGGUCAUGUCUAAGGAGGCGCUCUAUGGUAACCUGGACCCCACUACCAGAGAAUGGACGGACGGUCUGUUCACGGGAAUUCUCAGGAAGAUUGUGGAUAAUCUGAGAGGUGAAGAUGCUAAGCGGCACUGGAUUGUGUUUGAUGGUGAUGUUGAUCCGGAGUGGGUUGAGAACUUGAACAGUGUUCUUGAUGACAACAAGCUCUUGACCCUUCCUAACGGUGAGCGUCUCAACCUACCGCCCAACGUUCGUAUCAUGUUUGAAGUCGAAACCUUGAAGUAUGCCACCUUGGCCACGGUCAGUCGUUGUGGUAUGGUGUGGUUCAACGAGGAUACUGUCACUCCUUCGAUGAUGAUUUCGAACUACGUCGAGUCGCUCAAGACGCGGACAUUUGAAGAUCUCGAUGACGACAGUGCGCCUGCCGGUCAAGUUGCCGUCAAGACCCAGGAUUCCCAAGACAUGCUGGCUGGCAUUCUCAAGCAUCUGCUGCAGACGGACGAUCUGGUUCUGCAAUCUCUCGAGGAGGCCAAGAAGUACAACCACAUCAUGGAAUACACCGAAAUCCGGGCCCUCAAUACGCUGUUCAGUCUUCUGAAUAAGACCUGCCGGAACGUCCUCGAGUAUAAUAUCCAACAUGUCGACUUCCCGCUUGACUACGAGCAGAUUGAGGCGUACACCUCCAAGAAGCUCUUGCUGGCGCUGGUGUGGUCCUUUACGGGUGAUUGUCCGCUUGUAGACCGUCAAGCUUUCGGUCUAUAUGUGUCUGCUCUGACGACGACUGAUCUGCCUAUGGAUGGGUCAUCGUCGAUCAUCGACUUCGACAUUACCUUGCCCAAGUGCGAGUGGAUGAGCUGGCAGUCACAGGUCCCUUCUGUCGAAAUCAACACGCACUCCAUCACGCAGACUGAUGUGGUCAUUCCUACCGUGGAUACGGUUCGCCAUGAAGAUGUUCUGUACUCUUGGCUCGCAGAGCACAAGCCGCUGCUGCUUUGCGGUCCUCCGGGUUCCGGUAAAACCAUGACAUUGUUCGCUGCUCUCCGGAAGCUUCCCAACAUGGAGGUCGUCGGCCUCAACUUCUCCAGCGCCACGACUCCCGAUCUCCUGAUCAAGACGUUCGAGCAAUACUGCGAGUACAAGAAGACCCUGAAUGGCGUGGUGAUGUCCCCGAACCAGAUCGGUCGCUGGUUGGUUCUCUUCUGCGAUGAAAUCAACCUUCCUGCCCCCGACCGCUACGGAACUCAACGUGCGAUUUCGUUCCUGCGCCAGCUCGUCGAGCAGAACGGUUUUUGGAGAACAUCCGAUAAGACCUGGGUCACGUUGGACCGCAUUCAGUUCGUCGGAGCCUGUAAUCCUCCCACGGAUGCGGGACGUACCGCGAUGGCUGAACGAUUCUUGCGCCAUGCGCCUUUGAUCAUGGUGGACUACCCUGGUGAGGUCUCGUUGAACCAGAUUUACGGAACGUUCAACUCGGCGGUUCUCAAGAUCCUUCCCUUGCUGCGCGGAUACUCUGAGUCUCUUACGAAGGCGAUGGUACAGUUCUACUUGGAGUCUCAGACGAGAUUCACGCCCCAGAUCCAGCCUCAUUAUGUGUACUCGCCUCGUGAACUUACGAGAUGGGUCCGUGGUGUGUACGAAGCUAUCAAACCUCUCGAGACUCUUACUGUGGAAGGGUUGGUGCGUAUUUGGGCUCAUGAAGCUCUGCGUCUCUUCCAGGAUCGACUUGUCACGGAAGAAGAAAGAAGCUGGACGGCAGACGCUGUUCGGCGUAUUGCGCUCGACAAUUUCCCCACCAUCGACCAAGAGCAGGCUCUCAAGGGCCCGAUCCUCUUCUCGAACUGGCUGUCUAAGAACUACGUGCCUGUUGAACAGGAGAGACUGCGUGAAUUCGUCCAGGCACGUCUGAAGACGUUCUGUGACGAGGAGGUUGAUGUUCCUCUUGUGCUCUUCAAUGAUGUAUUGGAGCAUGCGCUGCGUAUCGACCGAGUCUUCCGCCAGCCUCAGGGUCAUCUCAUUCUUAUUGGAGUUAGCGGAAGUGGUAAGACCACCUUGUCUCGGUUCGUUGCUUGGAUGAACGGGUUGAAGGUGUUCCAGAUCAAGGUGCACGGGAGGUAUUCGUCGGAAGACUUCGAUGACGACCUGCGGACUGUUCUUCGUCGCGCGGGAUGCAGGGGCGAGAAGAUCUGCUUUAUCAUGGACGAAUCCAAUGUUCUUGAUUCCGGUUUCCUCGAGCGCAUGAAUACCCUGCUCGCCAACGCGGAGGUUCCUGGUUUGUUCGAAGGAGAUGAAUUCUCGUCUUUGAUGACCGCUUGUAAGGAGGGAGCGCAGCGCCAAGGUCUUCUUCUUGACACCCAGGAGGAACUCUACAAGUGGUUCACGUCACAGAUUGUCAAGAACCUUCACGUUGUGUUCACUAUGAAUCCUCCGGAGGAAGGACUUUCAUCGAAGGCGGCAACCAGUCCUGCCUUGUUCAACAGAUGUGUUCUCAACUGGAUGGGUGAUUGGUCUGACCAGGCCCUCUUCCAGGUCGGCUCUGAGCUCACGCAAUCUGUCGAUCUCGACAAGCCGAACUUUGUCGCUCCCGAUAGCAUUCCGGUGGCGUACCGUGAACUUAGCCUGCCUGCCUCGCAUCGCGAUGCCGUGGUUAACGCUAUGGUCUUCAUUCAUUACUCCCUGCAAAGGUUCAAUCUACGCUUGCAGAAGCAGCAAGGCAGGACGACUUACCUGACACCGCGCCACUACCUCGACUUUGUUGCUCAGUAUGUGAAGCUGUUCAAUGAGAAGCGUGAAGACCUGGAGGAGCAGCAGAGGCAUUUGAAUGUCGGUCUCGAAAAGCUUAGGGAUACUGUCGUCAAGGUCAGUGAUCUGCGGGCCAGUCUCGCGCAGAAGAAGACGCAGCUGGAGAAGAAGGAUACGGAGGCGAACGAGAAGUUGCAGCGGAUGGUUGCGGAUCAACGGGAGGCAGAGCAACGGAAAGCGGUGUCCCUUGAGGUCCAAGCGGCCCUGGAGAAGCAGGAGAAGGAGGUGGCUCUUCGAAAGGAAGUUGUGCUGAAUGAUCUCGCCCGAGCUGAGCCUGCCGUUGCGGAGGCUCAGAAGAGUGUGAGCAACAUUAAGCGUCAGCAUCUCACGGAAGUCCGUUCCAUGGGCAACCCCCCCGCCAGCGUGCGGCUUGCCCUUGAAGCCGUAUGCACUCUGCUUGGCCAUAAGGUCGAUAGCUGGAAGACUAUCCAGGGUAUUAUCCGUCGGGAUGAUUUCAUUGCCAGCAUCGUCAACUACGACAAUGAGAGGCAGAUGACCAGGAACCACCGGCUGAAGAUGCAGAAUGAAUUCCUGUCGAAGGAGGACUUCACCUAUGAGAGAGUCAACCGCGCCAGUAAGGCUUGUGGUCCUCUGGUGCAGUGGGUUGAAGCUCAGGUCAAUUACUCGGCCAUUCUUGACCGCGUGGGACCUCUGCGUGAGGAGGUGGAUCAGCUUGAGGAGCAAGCCCUGCAGACUAAGGCCGAGGCCCAGGCUAUCGACAACACCAUCAACGAUCUCGAGAACAGUAUCGCCACGUACAAGGCGGAGUAUGCUGCGCUUAUCAGCGAAACUCAGGCCAUCAAGACCGAGAUGUCGCGCGUGCAGUUCAAGGUUGACAGAAGUGUACGCUUGCUCGACAGUCUGUCGUCGGAACGUACUCGUUGGGAGGAGGGAAGCAGGUCCUUUGAGACGCAAAUCAGCACCCUGGUCGGCGAUGUCCUCAUUGCGGCUGCUUUUCUGGCCUAUGCUGGUUUCUACGACCAGCAAUUCCGAAAGGCCAUGAUCGAUGACUGGGUUACCCAUCUGACGCAAGCGGGCAUCAGCUUUAAGCCGCACAACCCGGUAACAGAGUACUUGUCCAACGCUGAUGAGCGCUUGACUUGGCAGAGUCACUCGCUGCCUGUUGACGAUCUCUGCACCGAGAAUGCCAUCGUCCUCAAGCGGUACAACAGAUACCCUCUUAUCAUUGACCCGUCGGGCCGUGUCACCGAAUUCUUGGAGAAGGAAAGCACGGACAGGAAGCUCACGGUUACUAGUUUCUUGGACGACUCGUUUGUCAAGCAGCUGGAGAGUGCUCUGCGUUUCGGAAAUCCUAUCCUUAUCCAGGACGCCGAGCAUCUGGAUCCUAUCCUGAACCACGUCCUCAACAAAGAAUACCAGAAGACUGGUGGCCGUGUGCUUAUCCAGCUUGGAAAGCAGGAGAUCGAUUUCUCGCCUUCGUUCAAGCUGUUCCUCUCCACGAGGGAUCCGUCUGCCUCUUUCCCGCCGGAUGUGUGCAGUCGGACGACGUUUGUCAACUUCACUGUCACGCAGAGUAGUUUGCAGACGCAGUCGCUCAACGAGGUCUUGAAGUUCGAGCGCCCUGAUGUCGAUGAGCGGCGUACCGACCUGGUUAAAUUGCAGGGAGAGUUCAAGAUCCAUCUUCGUCAACUGGAGAAGCGACUGCUGCAGGCACUUAACGAGUCGCGGGGUAACAUUCUUGAUGACGACAAUGUCAUCGAAACCCUCGAGACUCUGAAGAAGGAAGCCGCCGAGAUCUCCAAGAAGAUGAUCGAAACCGAGGGUGUCAUGACGGAAGUGGAAAAUAUCACACUCAAGUACAGCAUCAUUGCGCGCUCCUGCAGUGCUGUGUUUGCGGUAUUGGAGCAACUGCACCAUAUCAACCACUUCUACCAGUUCUCGCUCCAGUUCUUUGUCGAUAUCUUCAACUCCGUCCUGUACCAGAACAAGCGUCUUGCGCAGGAGAAGGACCAUGCCGCACGAGUGCAGAUUAUCAUCCGGGACUUGUUCGUCACUACUUACCAGCGUACGUCGCUGGGACUCAUCCAGAAGGACCGCAUCACACUGGCGAUGCUCCUGGCCCAGGCCGCCCCGUACCCCAUGGACAAGCGGGUCAUCGAUAUGAUUCUCGACGAGUCCAUGGAGAGCGUCGACCUGUCAACUACGUCUGAACUCAAGGAACAGGUCCUCAGCAAGAUCUCGAACAUGUCGCUCUUCAAGUCCAUUUUCCCUACCAUUCCCUCCGAGCAAUGGGAACAGUUCUUCGGCGAUGAGCUCGCGGAGAACUCGAUUCCUGUUGUGUGGGAAGAGAACACCGAGAACAUUGACAGAUUGCUGCGGUCGUUGCUGCUCGUCAAACUCUGCCGGAUGGACCGGUUCGUGCCCACUGCCGAACGCUUCAUCGAGGCCGUCUUCGGCAGAGAACUCUUCGAGGGAAGCAGUGACUUGAAGGAUAUCGUCUCACAGGUCACCGCCACCCGGCCGAUCGCGCUCAGCUCCAGCCCCGGCUUCGAUGCCAGCUACAAGGUCGAUGCUCUCGUUGAGCGCAUGAAUGCCACCUGUGCCAACAUCGCGAUGGGUUCGAAUGAAGGUCUCGAAAGCGCAGACAAGGCCAUCAGCAAUGCCGCCGCCCUGGGUAACUGGGUCCAGGUUAAGAACGUACACUUGGCCCCGUCAUGGCUGCAGAGUCUGGAGAAGCGCCUCGAGUCCCUCAAGCCCCACAAGGAUUUCCGGCUUUUCCUCUCCAUGGAAUCUAGUCCCAAGAUCCCUGUUAACCUUCUGCGGGCGUCGCGCGUUCUCAUGUUCGAGCAGCCUGCCGGUGUGCGCGCCAAUAUGAAGGAUUCGCUGUCCUCGCUGUCCACCAGGGCCUCGAAGGCACCGGUUGAAAAGGCUCGCGUUUACCUCCUGCUCUGCUUCUUGCAUGCCGUUGUCCAGGAGAGACUCCGCUACGCGCCCGAUCUCGGCUGGAAGGGUUUCUGGGAGUUCAAUGAUAGUGAUUACCAAUGCUCCGCCCACAUAAUUGAUUACUGGGUCGACACCGUCGCACAAGGCCGCUCCAACGUCGCCCCCCAAAAGCUGCCCUGGGAGAUGAUCCGCACCCUGGUGACAGAGACCUACGGCGGCAAAGUCGACGACCUGGCCGACUUCCAGCAGCUCGACGGCCUGGUCUCCAGCUUCCUGACCCCCGCGGCCUUCGAGGACGAGCACAAAAUUGUCUCUGGCGUCGAGAACGACGACUGUCUGACCCUGCCGGGCGGAACCAGUAUUCGGGAUUUCGUGGAGUGGGUGAAUAAGUUGCCAGAGAGAGAGCCGCCCACGUAUUUGGGGCUGCCGGCCAACGCUGAGAAGCUGUUGCUGGUCGGCCAUGGCAAUAAGAUGGUGAAGGAUCUAGCGAAGGUUACCACCUUGUUGGAUGAGGGGGAGCAGUUGAUGAUUGAGGGUUAAGCUGGACAUGGAAGGUGUGGUUAUUAUGAGCUUGCUUUGUGUGUGUGUGUGUGUGUGUGUUGUGGGGUUUUUGCUUUUUCUGGUUAUGUCGCGAUAUUGGAUUUGUGGAUUGUUUUUCUUUUAUUGCUGUUGUGUUGUGUGUAUUAUGGAGAGAGAGAGGGGGAGAGAGAGAGAGACUUGUAAUCUAGAGUUGCACCGGAUAGAUCCUGCAGGCGAGGAUAGAGUGUCGUUUACAUACCUACCUGUAUUUUAUUUGAUAUGGUUCGUGUACCACUCACUCAC